CGGGCCCUUCGGCAACCCAUGCAGUGCUCUAUUCUGGAGUACCUGGCGGCAUCAAAGCCGGCUCGUGAUGAGUUACAGAUGAUCACGCGGAAGACUCGCAUACCUCUAUCGGAGGAGGGUCAGGGGGCCCUUAAGGCGGAAGCUUCUACAGUAGCAGUAACGGGGGUGACUGCUAGAGCGGAUCGCAUGGCGACAAUCCUUCUCGAUGGAAUGGAAGGUGUGCCUCCAGACAAGUUUUAUAUACUUGGUAGCGGAGCUGUGGAGACGAUUAUAAACGAUGGAGCGGUACUCGAUGUUGUGAUCGAUAACGACAGUGAGGCUGUCAUCAUAGACGAGGACCUGGCAGUACAGGUUGGACUGGGCCUCGAUAGGUCAUACCUAUUCGAGAUAGAGACGGCUGAUGGGAGAAAGCAACAGAUCACUGGGGUUUGUCACAAGGCAACCAUAGAGGUCCAAGGGGUACGAGUGACCCUGCCUGUCUUUGCAGUCAAGAACUGCAGCUCCGACCUGCUCUUGGGUCGAACGUGGCCGAGCCACGUGCAUGCGGUGACGAUAGAGCGACCUGAUGGGAGCCAAACAUUAUCCAUUGAGAAGCCAGACGGGACGCGGGUAAUGAUUGAGAUAGUGGAGCCUCGGGACCCGAGGAACGGAGCAGCUCUCGCUGUGGGUGCGAGACCCAGUGAUCAGAUUAAGUCGUUACCUAUCUCCAGCCGUGCGGUGCGAUUUCGCGAGAAGAAAUAUGGACCACUGCUCACAGAGGAAGAAGGGCGGAUCGUGGAGGUGGAAAAUUUAGGGAGUUGGCUAAUAGUGGAUGGCAACUCGUACCCAAAGGAAAAAGAUGAGGAAUUUGGCGGUGUGGUAUCCAGGUCUAUUUUAAGGGCACGGCUUCCUAUGGGGGGCUACCCAAGCGACACAAGCGAGUAGCUCAAAAAGUUAAGCCAGCGGCGGUGGGCUGCGAGCGAU